AUGUAUCCUAAUGCUGUGGCUUUCGUCGUGUCAACAGCCUUCCUCGUGAGAUGUGAAGCUUUAACGAAUGGCAAUCUUUCGGCGGUCAAUCUCACUCCCAAGACAACAUCAACCACUGUUGCCCCUGGCCUGGGUGCAUAUAUUCUUGCCGCAUUAGGGCAAACGCCGACAUAUACUAACAUCACAACGACUUCAGUCCGGUUGAACACCACCUCUUCCUCGGCCAGUCCUUCGGUUGCGUCAACACCAGCCCAUAGCACCGUUUGCUAUUCUAACGGAGGCCGAUGCUGGGAUGAUAUUACCUACAUCAGUCCAACGAUAGCGUCCACUGGAUCUGGCGCUGCAUAUGCGACAUCAUGUUCUAACGCAAUCUCUGAUUACAACUCGGUGUCUAACUCCUGGGCGAACAAACACAGCUAUACAUCAAAUUACACUGAUGUCCUCGGAGGAACUUCAUGGGUCUCGGUCACAUAUUAUGCCAACGCUACGACCUUGUGCGAUGGUCACGCACGCGUGAAUUACUCGCCUGCCAUUGCCACAUCUUCGACUGUCAUUACGACUGUUGGUACAGCACCAUCCACUUCCGUGGGUACGGCAUCAAUGGGAUGGAUCUUCCCCAUCUCUUCCGUCUCUUGCAGUGUCAACCCUUCUGAUUGCGAUGGGUUAUGGCAAGCUUAUAGUACCGCAUCCUCAUCGUGGACCGCUACCGCCAAUGGAACCCGCGCGGUUGACGCCAUCUUCCCAACCAUCACGCCAUCGCCCUCGUUGCCCGCUUGCAUAAACUCCAGUCAAUCUAUGUCGGAUGAGGCCUUCUCANAAAGUUUCUAUGGCUGUGGGCUGUGCACGAUCUUUGGCAAUGAGGUCGAGUUGAUGUAUUUUCCCGAAGCCACCACUGUGUCACGCGAUAUGUGUGCUACCACUCCUUCCGCCAACCUGACCGCGUAUGGUGAUUACGAUGGUAUGCCAUAUACAGGUCCCGGUCCGUCAGCUACAUGGAACGGUGCAGGCACGCCUCUGGAAACUGCUGUUGUAGGAACGCGCACAUUCGUCCGGGACGGCCAAGCAUAUAUUUCGAUCAAGAAGGUCUGGGCUGUGGAUCGUUGCAGCAGCCAAAUCGGUACAACGGUCACCGAUGCUAUUCUCGCCUUGCCAUCGGAGAAGUUGUUGAGUUUGCGUUACUCUCAACCACACUUCCAGUAUUUCGUCACGACUGACAAAGUCACUGGAUAUCCUUUCAAGUACGCCGAUCUGAACUCACCGGUACCCUACAGCGCUUGGAACGGACAGGCAAGAUGCGAAUAUCCUGGAUUUGCCGACUAUAAAUGUAACGUUAUCUACGAAAACCAAUAUAAUCCUCAACUGGCAAUGCCUCCAGGCAUCAGGAAGCUUGAUCCGGCUUGGGAAGGUUGCCAGAUGUGGUAUGGAGGGCUUUACGAUCCUCCAUAUGCCCUGAAACCUGGAACUGCUGUCGAGACACCCACAGUCGCUUUUGGACCAGCACCGACGACCACUUCGGCAGCAGAGGCUUCCAGUGCAGCUCCCACCACACCUACGCCUACUGCUUUUGCAGAUCAUACGACCAAUCGAGCAGACCCUACUCGAGGACAGGAGAAUAACGAUAAUGCUCGGCAAACCCAGGCUGCUAACACUGCAGGUCACAAUCAGGAUACCCAGAACACGCAAACACAAAACGGUGCCCAGAACACUCAGACUUCUCAAGACACACAAGGUGGAAAUCAAAAUGAAAACGGCGGCAACCGUCAGGGUGGAAGCAACAACAACAACAAUAAUGGCCAGAACUCUGAAGGAGGUCAAAACACCCAGGGAGGACAAAAUACUCAAGGAGGACAACCCGUCCAGGCCGCUCAAAACACACAAGGCGGAAGUCAAACUGACAAUGUUGAUAAUACUCAGAAUGGGAACAACGACAACGAUAACGGCCGGAAUUCUGAAGGAGGUCAAACCUCCCAGGGAGGACAAAACAACCAGGGUGGUCAGACCCACGAUGGGGCACAGAACACUCAAGGAGGACAAUCCCAAAACGGAGGACAAUCCCAAAAUGGAGGACAAGGCGGUGGCCAGGACCAGCACUGGAAUCCAACACAAACUGCUGGCCAAGGGGCCCAAGGAGGUCAGAGCAAGCAAAAUGUCAAUACCGCGAAUGGAGCACAGAGUACUCAGGGUGCACAAGCACAAGACGGAUCUCCACAAGGUAAUUCGCAAUCAUCCGCUAAACCUCAUAUCUAUGUCUUCACCGCAGGAACCUUCACGUAUACCGCCACCAAGACGAGUACGCUCUAUGUCUGUGGCACGAACAAUCUGUCAGUUGGUGGGCCAGCCGCAACACUCCCAGUCAAUUGUGUCAUCAGUGCUGGCUCAAAUGGGCUCGUAAUCAACACCGAGGCUGCUACCAUCACAAAUCGUGCAUCUGCAGUCACUGCUCUACCGGUUAUUACCAAGGCCGUCAUUGUCACCGUCGGAACCAAGGUCCAAACAUUCUCUCAAGAGUCAUCAGGCGUAGUCGAGGUUGGCUCGACUAGACUAACACCCGGCGGUCCAGCAGCUACACUCGAUGACGGAUCUGUGGUCAGCGCUGACAGCGAAGGAGUCAAGAUUGGCUCUACCAUGGUCAAAUACUCAACGGUGGCACCCGCAUCUGCUGCUGCUCCUAAUGUCGUGGUUUUUGUCGUUGGUACUAAGACCGUUACUGCAUCAUGCCCUCCUGGUUCAAGCAGUCAGGCUGUCGUUGGAUCUGUCACUCUUUCUGCUGGUGGGCCUGUCCAAACACUCGAAGACGGUACUCGCAUCAGUCUCGCGUCAGGCGGUGCUAUCGUUGUCGAUGGCACUUCCGCUGCUACUAUUGCAACUCCCACAUCCGCAGUAGUGUUUACCGUCAAUGGUAACGCUGUCACAGCAUAUCAAGCUGCUGAUGUUUCGAGCGUUGCGACGAUCGAUGGCACUGUCAUCUCGCGAGGUAGCCCUGCUGUGACAUUAUCUGGCGGCGAGGUAGUCAGCAUGGGCUCUGGCGGAUUGAUCGUGCAACAGGGCUCUACAACUGUGCCUGUGUCUGCCUUCAGCACGAUAUCUGGUGAAGAUGACUCGGCACCCUCGUCAGGUGCAUCUCGAUCUGGAUCUCAAUAUCGAUCUGGCGCCACAAGCAACAACGCAGUGAUCAGCUCGACAAGAUCCGCCCAGCAAAACCAAGGCACACAAGCUGCAAACACCAGUAAAUCCGGAGCUGUGUCUUUGAUUCACUGCUCCACGACGACAAGUCUAGUGACGACUGCUCUCCUCAUUUCGCCUCUUCUUUUCGCUAUAUACUUAUAG